AUGGCACUUGAAACAGCAUAUCGUGAUCGAAUGAGACAAAUGUAUGAAGCUGUUAAACGUCGAUUAGAUUAUCAAGUUGCACUACAAAAUGCACGAAAAGAUUUUGAAAGAACAAAUAUGAUUAAUUGGAUAACGAGUGAAGUUAAGAAAUCAAUUACAAGUAAACAAGAACAAGAUGCUUUACAAUCAUGUCUUCAACAACUUAGACAAAUUGCUUCACAAUCAAAAUAA